AGUCAGGAUGGGCGGGGGGACAAAGUGAGCCCCGCUUCGACGCCUCCCAUUCGACGGGGUGCUUGCUUGUCAAAGAGCUGCUCCAAUGGGGGCUGCCCGUAGUGCCCAACCCCACCAUUCAGUAUUACUACUGAGCCCUGAGGAAGGGAGCGGGUGAGGCAGGCGGGCGCGCGCGCAGCAGUGAGGAAGGAAGAGCAGAAAGGCCGGCCUGGCAGCUGCCUCGUGAGGAGUCCGCUUUGCCGCCGCUUCCUCCGCCUCCUGCCCAUGUUCAACGAACGCAGGUUGGCCGCCGCCCCUCCGUCGCCUGUACCGCCGCUGCCGCCUUUCCGCCGCCGCCGGGAGCCGCCGCCAUGGCUGACUUGGGGCAGGAGGUCGUCCACCUGGUGUGGGGCAAGAAGCCCGGCACGCAGGGCCUCGCCGACACCAUCUUCUGCCGGUGGGCACAAGGGUUUGUAUUUAGUGAAUCAGAAUCAACUGCAUUAGAACAAUUUGAAGGAGGCCCUUGCGCUGUGAUUGCACCCAUUCAGGCAUUCCUUCUGAAGAAGCUUUUUACUUGUGAGAAAUCUACCUGGAGACAAUGUCAAGAGGAAGAGCAGAAGAAUCUCCUCUGUCAUACCUUAAGUGAUAUUUUGGAACUGGCUUCCUCUGAUAAUUCAGAAUCAUACUGUUUGGUAACAUGGCGAAGAGGAAGGACUGCUGAAGAAACUGCUAGUAUUUCUGAUAGUUCUGCUGAAUCAAGCCACCAAGAGGACCAGCCUUCUGCCUUGGCUGUCGAAGAGCUUGGCUUUGAGCGAUUUCAUUCAUUAAUUCACAAGCAGUCAUUCACAAGCUUUCCUGAUUUCAAAGAAGCAGUUUGUAAUCAGUAUUCAGUCUGGACAAACAAAUUUGGAGUGUUGCUUUUUCUGUAUUCUGUGAUACUGACAAAGGGCAUUGAAAACAUAAAAAAUGAAAUUGAAGAUUCAACUGAGCCAUUAAUAGAUCCAGUGUAUGGUCAUGGAAGCCAAAGCUUAAUUAACCUCCUGUUGACGGGGCAUGCAGUAUCUAACGUCUGGGAUGGAGACAGGGAAUGCUCAGGAAUGAAACUACUUGGAAUACAUAAACAAGCAACUGUUGGUUUUUUGACACUUAUGGAAUCUCUAAGAUACUGUAAGGUUGGCUCCUAUUUGAAGUCCCCAAAGUUCCCUAUUUGGAUACUUGGCAGUGAAACUCAUCUCACAGUCUUUUUUGCCAAGGAUUUAGCUCUUGUUGCUCCUGAAGCUCCCUCAGAACAAGCCAGACGAGUCUUUCAAACGUAUGACCCUGAAGAUAAUGGUUUUAUACCAGACAGUCUUCUAGAAGAUGUAAUGAAGGCUUUGGACCUUGUAUCAGAUCCUGAAUAUGUAAAUCUCAUGAAAACGAAAUUAGAUCCAGAAGGACUAGGAAUCAUAUUACUAGGUCCCUUUCUUCAAGAAUUUUUCCCUGAGCAGGAGUCCAAGGUUCAAGAAUCAUUCACUGUAUACCACUACAAUGGAUUGAAGCAAUCUAAUUACAAUGAAAAGGUCAUGUAUGUCGAAGGCACAGCAGUGAUUAUGGGCUUUGAAGACCCAAUGCUACAAACUGAUGAUACUCCAGUCAAGCGCUGUUUGCAGACUAAAUGGCCAUACAUAGAAUUACUCUGGACCACAGAUCGAUCCCCUUCGUUAAAUUGAUGCUAAGAAAAGACCAUGUACUUAUAAAUAUCCAACAUUUUGAAUGAGGGUUCGGUAGGCAGCUGCCUUUAUUUAAAAAAAAACACAAGCAAACUAUACUUUUGAUUGCGUGGCUAUACACUGGUGUCACCGAGAAACUGUAAAUAAACACUUUUCAGUGUUGAUUAGACUAUUUAAUUUUUUUAACAAUUGGAUUGAUUUGUAUUAUACCAACUAGUUCCUCUUUGGCCGUUGUAGUACAGUUAUUGUGAGUUCUCACCCAGAGCCUCCUUGUUCAGCCCAAAAAUAACCUGGAAAAUGGUCUAGUAGUGCAGUAUCUGCAUAUUAGAUGAAAUUGGUCUUAAACAUCAUCAUAGUAUUCACCCGUUUACACAUUUGUUUGGCCAUAUGUUUUAUUUGGAUCAUUCUGCCUUAGGGCACAACCCAUCAGGAAAUUCCCAUACAUGUACCCCACUAAAAAGGAUGGAUGAGAGCUGUGCAAGAGCAUGGUAGCUUUUACCCAGUUCUCAGGGCUUAUUCAAGGCAGCUGUUGGGUGGGUUUUGGCAUACACUGCAGUAUCACAACUUUGGGACUAGAUUGGCAUUUGCACUGAAUAUGUUUAGAUGAGUUAAAUUUCUGCUGCUCUCUUCUAGAAAUCUUAAAACUCAUCUACAUGGCUUUGCACAAACAGCAAAAAAAAUGAUGUGGGGUAUUUUUUGUUUUUAAAAUGGCUAAUUAUAAAUGAUUAAUGCUAUUUAUUGGCAGUUGUAUUGUUCCCAGAAUUUACAUAUUUGGCACACUGAAAGUCAAAGCAAGAUUUAAGAAGAAUAGAAUAAUAAUAAUAAUAAUAUUUGAUAUUGUAUAAAGGAAAUAUAAAAAGCCUUAACAGCAGAGAGAAUUUGUGCUGCAAUUUUUGAAGCUGUUCAUGUUAUUAUUGCCAAAUACCUCUUCUCAACAUGUCCUAACAAAAAACAUAAGCCAGCACUAUUGUAUGUGUUACAUGCAUGAAAACAUCUGUUAUUCAAGUAGUAUAGUCCAUUAUUUAUUCUCUAGCAGGGCUUAAUAAAAAUCUACCCAAAUAGUGAA